AUGGAAAAGAGAUACGGCUGCAUCUUUUCAUGCAUGGGCUACCCGACGAUUCACCUCGAAGUGGCGCAUUCUUUGACUACCGAUUCCUCCAUUUUGGCCUUAAUGAGAUUCGUUGGUCGAAGAGGGCGACCUUUGGAUAUUUACACCGAUAACGGGUCCAACUUCGUUGGUGCCGUAUCGCUUUGGGGCCAAGCGAAAAUCAACAACCGACUAUUGGCUCGAGGUAUUCAGUGGCAUUUUAACCCCCCGCUUGCUAGCCAUCGAGGAGGAGUGUGGGGGCGAAUGAUACGAUCAGUACGGCAAAUCAUUUUUGUGCUCAUCCAAGAGCAAAUUCUAUCUGAUGAUUGUCUGUCAACCUUUUUUGUUGAGGUGGAACGUAUUCUAAACGAUCGGCCUUUGACAUCUUUGACUGCAGAUUCCCGUGAUGCUUUGGCUCCGACUCCGAAUCACCCCUUGCUGCACAAAGCGAACGCAGUGGAUGAGCAGUUACGAGCUAAUAAGCGCGCGAUAUCCAGGGCUGUCAGAGAGCUAGAUGCGGAAAAACGGCGCCUAGAGCAAGAUAAAACUAGAAUAAAGACGGAGAUUAAAAAAUUGGCCAAGCAGAAUGAAAUGGAUGCUGUGAGGAUUUUGGCGAAGCAGAUUGUACGCAACGACCACUACUGCAAGAAAUUCACUUUAAUGCGUACAAACCUGGAGGCCGUCAGCUUGAAACUGCAAACGCUGAAGUCAACUAACGCUAUGGGCCAAACAAUGAAGCAAGUCACUCAAGUCAUGAAACGGAUGAAUGCGUCGAUGAAAUUACCUCAGUUGCAGAGAAUAAUGAUGGACUUUGAAAAGGAAUCUGGACUUUUGGAUUCCAAGGAGGAAAUGAUGUCUGAUGCCAUUGACGAUGCUCUGGGUGAAGAUGAUAUCGACGAGUCGGAAGCCAUAGUGAAUUCCGUAUUGGCUGAACUGGGUAUCGAAAUGAACGAGCAACUCUCCAACCUGCCAGGAUCCGGAACAGUCGCAACUGGACAGGCCAAUACUCCUGGCCGUAUAGCUAUUCCAACCCCCGCCGGUCCAGCAGGACCAGCUGGAAGUGGCUCAAUGGACGGUACGAUUGAUGAGGACGAUCUGGAGGCCCGUCUUGCUCGCUUGAAGAGGACUUGA